ACCAAUCAGCGUGCUGCGUGCCAGAUAAGCUCUCGGUAAGGCGGUAGAACUUGCCCGGUUGCCCCUUCGGCCAGAUGUUCCGCGUCCGGUAGGGUUAGACUCGGGAGUCGGCCGUGAAAUUCUCCUUCCCCCAAACUUGAAACGCCCAAAACCCACCGAUGCCGCGCUCAACGCGCCCGCCGCCUGGCUUUUUCGACGAGUCCAGCCACCCGCGGCGGCGGACGGACGCUCCGUCUUCCGGAGGCGGCGCGGGGGGAGCUCCGGUAGGGUUAGAGUCGGGAGCCGGCCGAGGAAUUCUACCUCGCCCAAGCAUGAAACCGCAAAACCCGCCGGUGUCGCGCCCCAAGCGCCCGCCGCCUGGAUUUUUCGACGAGUCCAGGCACCUGCGGCGGCGGACGGACGCUCCGUCUUCUGGAGGCGGCGCGGGGGGAGCUCCGGUAGAGUUAGAGCCGGGAGGCGGCCGAGGAAAUCUCCCUCGCCCAAACAUGAAGCGCCCGCCGCCUGACUCUUUCGACGAGUCCAGGCACCCGCGGCAGCGGGCGGCGGCGGACACGGACGCCCCGUCUUCCGGAGGCGGCGCGGGCCGCUGCCGCGAUCUCAGCCGCGCGUUCGGGCGCUGCCGCGCGCUCCUGGACCGCCUGCUGCGGGACGAGGACGGCUGGAUAUUCGCGGCCCCCGUGGACGCGCGCGCCCUCCGCCUCCGCGACUACUACACCGUCAUCGCCGACCCCAUGGACCUCGGCACCGUGCUCCGCCGCCUCGAGCGCCGCCGCUACGCCGACCCGCCCGCGUUCGCCGCCGACGUCCGCCUGACGUUCAGCAACGCCAAGUCCUACAACAACCCGGGCGACCCCGUGUACGAGAGCGCCGACGAGCUCUCCGGGAUCUUCGAGGACGGCUGGGCCUCCAUCCAAGCAGAGCUCCCGCCCCCACCGCCGACGGACGCCGAGCGCAAGCUGAAGUUCAGAGACGACCUGAAGGGGCUGCCGGUUGCCGCGCAGCGGACCGUGGCCGGGUUCCUGAAGGAGCGGGGUGCGUGCCAGCUGGAGAAGAGGGGGAAACUCGAGGUUGAUCUGGGCAAGGCGGAUGCCGCGACGCUGGAUGAGCUUGACCGAGUGGUUGCCAAGCAUCGCGCCGCUGAUUCGGACGUGGUUGCCCCGAGCCCCGAAUGCAGGAACCAUGAGCAUGGUCAAACUGAAGGACCAAGCCCCAAAAGCUAAAGGCGAUGCCUGGUUUUACAUCAAUAGCCUAUUGUGUUGAUCAAGCUGCUUUCUGCUCCUAGCAUUGGUCAUGCCUUAGUCCCAAAUGCUGGUGGCUUGGACUGGACUUCAAGGCACCUUGUCAUAGUUACUACAGAUCUUCUAUAUAUAUUGGGGGUUUUCAUUGGAUACCCUUUGUGGUAAAGUUGCCUUUUGUAUUGAUGGUGGUGUCUUGCUACCUGUUGUAUGUUCGGAAUUGAGUGUUUUGAUCCUAAAAUACUUUGGGGGAUCAGGAACUCAGGAGGAAUGGUCACAAAAAACGAAGGUUGGCUUAAUUCUGUGUUAAUUCUGUGAUGUCGAAGUAAUCUUGUUUUCA